UUCAGUUCUAUGGAAAAUAUUUAGCCGUGCGGACGUCGUCGUUCCAAUAACAUAUAAAUACAUACAAGUGAAAUAUGAAUAAUAAUUCCAGAGUGUUAAACAUCUGCCAAUUAAAUAGAACGAAUAGCCCGAAAUAUUUGUUUGUGGGUUGUAAGUGUUAAUAAUCUCUUAAUAAUAUAUACAUAUGUAAAUGAACUUUUCCUGUGAAAUAAGAGUAUUGUUGGUCAGCAUUUGUAUAUACCAUUAUUGCUAUUAUGACAAUGGAAACGCUUAAGCCCUUUCUAUCAACGUCACCCCGAGUGGAUAGCGUUACUACAAUACGCUUGAGCACGGCAUCACAUUGUCAACCCGGCAUAAAUCUUAAGAGUAUUAUUUUCAGCACAUUGGCUGUGAUCUUAUUUGUAUGUUUGUUCGGAUUUAUGUAUGCUCACUUUCGGCGUAUUACUCAAAUUGAAACGAAAGUUCAACAUUUGACGAGAAUAAUGUUGAAUAUGCAGACACGAAUGGGACUGAUGAAUUUGGACGAAGUGAGCGAUUUUGAAAAUGAGAACGAUCCCGUGUUUAUUGAUCAACCAAAUAUAUCGGACACCGGCAGAAUAAAGUUAAUUGGAAGACAUAUUCAAUAUACCGUGGGUGAUGAUGAUUACGAAAAGGAACUUGAUUAUACUGAGUUUAGAAACGAAUUGCCCACUAUAAGUGAUAUUAUUAAGGACGAUUCUAAAGGAAAUGGAAACGUAAAUAAUCAUAAUUUAAUGGAAAUAUCAGAUUAUGGCGAUUUGUACAACGAUUUUUCCAAAUUCAACACCUCACGGAAAAAGAAUACAAGUGCGCGAAAUCCUCGUGCCAUUGAAUCAGACUUAUUUAACCAAGACAACGAGAAACGUAAAAGUGCGGGGGUAAGAGAAAGUGCUGGCGAAGAACAUUUAGAAUACUUAAAUCAUCCAAAGAAAAUGGUGAUACUUAGGCUUUCACAUAAGGAAUUAACAGACGUUAAAAAUGAACAAAAUAUUUUACCAAAUGAAGAUAAAACCCCAAAGCAAUCUCAUAGGAGGGGAACGAACCAACGAAGGAUUAAAAAUUCGAUUCUGAAGAAAGCUAAAUCUGGCCGUCAAAUGGAAGCUGUAGUAAAUACUCCAGCCGCACACUUUCAUUUAAACCGCAAAAUACCAGACCGCUUUGCCAGCAUUAAAAUUGAUUCAUUCUCUGGCGACAUGUAUAUUGGUCAUCCCAGUUGGUCGAAUGAAAUUGAUGUGGAUAAGUAUUUCAAAGUGGAAAGUGGCGUAUUGACAGUAUAUGAACCGGGCCUUUAUUACGUGUACGCUCAGGUUUGUUACAACAAUACUCAUGAUCAGAAUGGAUUUGUGAUAUUUCAUGGUCAUAAGCCCUUUCUUCAAUGUUUGAAUACUGUACCAACGAAUAUGCCACAUAAAAUUCAUACUUGUCACACGAGCGGUCUUAUCUAUCUAAAGGAGCAUGAAACAAUUCAUUUACGUGAUUUUCAUAGUGAGAGAAACGCCAUUUUAAAGGAUGCCAAUAAUCGGAGUUAUUUCGGGUUAAUAAAAAUAUAAAGCAAUAAGUACAUAAGUACACAUAGCAAUAAAUGUAUAUAUAUACGUAUAUAUGAAUACGUUUUCAUUGCGAUUCAUUUUAUCACCCAUUUGAAUUUGUUCUUGGCUGUUUAAAUUAUUAUUAAACAUAAUCAUUAUAUACAAUUUUUAUACAUAUUUAUGAUAAAUAAAUGGGAAUAACUUUUAA